AUGGAGUUUAACCUGAAUGAGGACACCACCAGUCUUUCCUUCACCAGAGACGAGCUGGGCGGCCUCCCCGAGGACUUUCUGAGCGCUCUGGAGAAGGAUGGAGAGAAGCUGAAGGUCACCCUGAAGUAUCCGCAUUACUUCCCCACCAUGAAGAAAUGCUUCGUCCCAGAAACCCGCAGGAAGCUGGAGGAGGCCUUCAACUCACGCUGCAAAGAGGAGAACUCGGCCAUCCUGAAGGAGCUGGUGGAUCUUCGGGCUCAGAAGAGCUCCCUGCUCGGCUUCAGCACCCACGCUGACUUCGUCCUGGAGAUGAACAUGGCCAAGUCUGGAAAGAAGGUGGCCGGCUUCCUGGAGGAACUGGCCCGUAAGCUGAAGCCUCUGGGUGAAGAAGAGCGCUCGGUCAUCCUCAAGCUGAAGGAGAAGGAGUGUCAGAAGAGGAAUCUGCCUUUCAACGGAGAGCUGCACGCCUGGGACACCCGCUACUUCAUGACCCAGGUGGAGGAGACGCAGUACGCCGUGGAUCAGAACCUGUUGAAGGAGUAUUUUCCCAUCGAGGUGGUGACUCAGGGUCUGCUGGACAUCUACCAGGAGCUCCUCGGUCUGUCCUUCGAGCUGGUGGACGGAGCCGCCGUCUGGCACCCGGACGUCACUCUGUACUGCGUGAAGGACCGCAGCAGCGGUCAGGUGGUCGGCCAGUUCUACCUGGACCUGCACCCCAGGGAGGGGAAGUACGGCCACGCCGCCUGUUUCGGCCUCCAGCCCGGCUGCCUGCUGCCCGACGGCACGCGCCAGAUGUCGGUGGCCGCCAUGGUGGCAAACUUCAGCAAGCCGACGGCCGACGCCCCGUCGCUCCUGCAGCACGACGAGGUGGAGACCUACUUCCACGAGUUCGGACACGUCAUGCACCAACUCUGCGCUGAGGCGGACUACGCCAUGUUCAGCGGGACUCACGUGGAGCGGGACUUCGUGGAGGCUCCGUCUCAGAUGUUGGAGAACUGGGUUUGGGAGAGGGAGCCUCUGCAGAGGAUGUCCAAACAUUACAAGACCGGCAACGCCAUCCCCGAGGAGCUGCUGGACAAACUCAUCAAGUCCCGCCUCGCCAACACCGGUCUGUUUAACCUGAGGCAGAUCGUUCUGGCUAAAGUGGAUCAGGCUCUGCACACCAGGACCGGACUGGACGCGGCGGAGGAGUACGCACGCCUCUGUCAGGACGUCCUGGGAAUCCCUGCUUCUCCAGCAACAAACAUGCCGGCGACCUUCGGGCACUUGGCCGGCGGUUACGACGCUCAGUACUACGGUUACCUGUGGAGCGAGGUGUUCUCCAUGGACAUGUUCUUCGCUCGCUUCAAACAGGAGGGAAUCAUGAACCCCAAGGUGGGCCUGGACUACAGGAAGUGCAUCCUGCGGCCCGGCGGCUCUGAAGACGCCUCCGAGAUGCUGAGGAAGUUCCUCGGGCGUGAACCCAAGCAGGAAGCGUUUUUGCUGAGUAAAGGACUGAUGGUGGAGCUGGACGCUGGCACGCCGUGUCCCUGCUGACCAAUCACAGCAGCCGGCUCCGCCCCCCCAGCAGUCACCUGCAGAGUUCACAGACGGACUGAAGUUUUGUAGAAAAAAAAACUGUAAAAUGCUACCCGAAGUGGGAAAAACGAGCAGUCAAUAAAAUGAUUUAAGGCGA